AUGCCUCGGUCAAUGGAGCAUUUCUUCACCUCGUCAAACUCUCGGCGCUUUCGGCGUAUUCCAGCUGACAGGUCCUGGAGUAAGGACCGUUCCUUGUCGGUGAAUCUCAAGAAACGUAUGGUGAUUGGGCGCGGUGGUUGUCUGGCUGCUGGUGGGGCCUCAGUGCUCGCAAUGGGGCAUUGUGUAUGUGGGGGCAUGCGGGAGACUCACGGCUCCAACGCUACGGGAGACUAUUUCGGAGCCGCCAUCGUCAGCAGUGGGACAGCUCCCAGCACUCCUCAGAAUCGUGUACAGUCUGAUGACGGCCCAUUGGGGGUGCCCUCCCACCUGGUGGUUUCUGUUGUGGGGGGUGGGGUGCGAGAAGGUCAAGACCUGGGUCAGGGAGGUGCUGAGACAGGGGCUGGUCAAGGCGGACAGAGAACCGGGGCGUGGAUAGUGACGGGGGGGCUGAGGGAGGGGGUGGGUCGUUGUGUUGGGGAGGCAGUGCGAGAUCAUGCUGCUGCGGCUUCCUCCCUCUCCCAGAAGAAAGUCAUUGCUGUGGGCGUGGCUCCCUGGGGGCUGGUGCAUAACAGAGAGCAGCUAGUUAACACACAGGGUAGUUUCCCAGCGCGGUAUUAUGUCCAGAACGCAUCCCGUGACUCGUGCUGCCUGGAUAAUAACUACCAGGCCUUCCUGCUGGUGGAUGAUGGGAGUGUAGGCCGGCGGGGAGGGGAUACUGCCUUCAGGUCCAAGAUGGAAGACUACAUCUCACACCAGUGCACUGGCAUCUGGGGUAGUGGCAGUAUAGAGAUUCCUGUGCUGUGUAUGCUCAUCUCAGGGGAAGCUGCCAUGCUGAAGAGGGUGGAUCUCUCUCUGAGGAAGGCUACUCCCUGGCUGGUGUUGAAUGGUUCUGGUCCAGCGGCAGACCUUAUCUGUGAGCUGCUGGAUGCCUUGUCAGCUGUGCCCAUGAGCCGCACCUCUCCCCCGCCAGAGGGUGAGGGGAGCGAGAGCCCCAGCGCGGAGCUGCGCGAAUGGACCCGUGAGAGGGUCAAGAGGCACUUCCCUGCCGAGGCAGACCGGGAGAAGCUUGUGGACAGGGCUCUGAGUAUCUAUCAGAACAGAGAUCUGAUCACAGUGUUCCACGGGGAGCAGGACAGUCCUGAUGAUUUUGACACAGUGCUACUGAAGGCUCUGGUCAGAGCCAGUAAACGUGUGUCCAGCGACGCCAGUGAGUACACAGAGGAGCUGAAGCUUGCAGUAGCCUGGAACAGGGUGGACAUCGCUAACAGUGAACUCUUCAACGGAGACAUCCAAUGGAGAUACGAGGACCUGGAGGACUCCAUGACGGACGCACUGAUCAACAACAAGCCCCAGUUUGUACGUCUCUUCACCGAGAAUGGUCUCAACAUCCUGGACUACCUGACCUACCAGCGUCUGGAGGGCCUGUACCGCUCGCUGUCCAACAGCUCUCUGGCCUACACGCUUCUCCAGCGACACCUCACAGAGAGGCAGAGCCUGGCCAGAUCCCUUCCCACUGUCCCCUGCUCUCUGGACGAGCCUACACCCCUCAAGAGGCCCCAGAGCCAUAUGAGCCCCAUAUCAGGACCCUCCUCUGCCAAAGAGCUCAGCUUGUAUGAGGUGUCGCGGCUACUAUGGGACAUCCUGGGAGAUGUAUGUCAGCCCUUCUACUACAGUCCUCUGGGUUUGGACCAGAGCACCAGCACCUGGAGAACACUGAAGCAAGUGAAUAAGUUGUUACUGGGGGAUUGUCCGUAUAGGGAGCAGCACUGUGUCUAUCCCUGGGCCUCUCUGUUUAUCUGGGCUGUGCUGCAGAAUCGCAGCGAGAUGGCUGUCUACUUCUGGGAGAUGGCAGGGGAGUCUGUCCUCAGUGCUCUGGCAGGCUGUAAGAUUCUAAGGGAGCUGUCUAAGCUUGAGAGUGAGACGGCGUCCAAGCUCUCUAUGAAGGAGCUAGCACAGAAGUUUGAGAACUUGGCCAAUGAUAUGUUCAGUGAAUGCUAUCAGAGCAGUGAGAGUCGCUCUUUCAACCUCCUUAUAAGGCAGUCUCUGGUGUGGGGCGAAGCUACCUGUCUGGAGAUGGCCACCGCAGCCGAUGCCCGCCUCUUCUUCAGUCACGAUGGCUUGCAGUCUCUGCUGUCUCAGAUCUGGUGGGGAGACAUGGAGAGGAGCACGGAGGUCUGGAAACUGAUCCUCACCUUCUUCUUACCCCCCCUCAUCUACACCAACCUCAUCAGCUUCAGGGAACCUGAGGAAGAGGGGAAGACUGAGCAGGUGCCCCAUGGUCAAGACACAGACAGUCUGGACGGAGGCGAUGCCACCAUGUUCUCCCUCACCGACAUCAUGGAUGAGGAUGCUGAGGAAUAUGCUGCUAUAAGGGUCAAUCUGAAAGGUGCCCCCUCCAAUCCUAAGAGGUCCUUCAUACUGCUACGCUGGAGGGAGUUCUGGUUUGCGCCCGUCACGGGGUUUCUAGGCAACGUGCUGAUGUACUUCCUGUUCCUCAGCCUGUUUGCUUACGUCCUAUUGUUGGACUUCAAGCCCCCGCCCCCUCAUGGCCCGUCCACCUUAGAGUUUGUUCUCUACUUCUGGGUCUUCACCCUGGUCUGUGAGGAGUUUCGACAGACGUUCUUCAGGGGCAGCACUACUUUAUAUCAGAGGAUGAAGCUCUACAUCCAGGACAUGUGGAAUAAGUGUGACAUCACAGCCAUCUCACUCUUUGCACUGGGCAUGUGCUGCAGAAUGUUCCCAUGGUCCUAUGAGUUUGGCCGGGCUGUGAUGGCUGUGGACUACAUGGUGUUUACCCUCCGUCUCAUCCACAUAUUCGCCAUCCACAAACAGCUGGGACCCAAGAUCAUCAUCGUUGAAAAAAUGAUGAAGGACGUCUUCUUCUUCCUCUUCUUCCUGGCGGUGUGGCUUAUUGCCUACGGCAUAGCCAAUCAGGCGCUGCUCUACUCCUACGAUCCUCGUCCCGGUUGGAUCUUCCGCCGAGUGUUCUACAGGCCAUACCUGCAAAUAUUUGGACAUAUCCCCAUUCAUGAAAUGGAUGCUGAUAAACUGGAGGAGGGGAUAGAGUGCACCAAUAACGUCACCCUGAUUGAGGCAGGUGCAGAGCCCUGCACGAGUACCUAUGCUAACUGGCUGGUGGUCAUCUUAUUGGUCAUCUUCCUGCUGGUCACCAACAUCCUGCUGGUCAACUUGCUCAUUGCCAUGUUCAGUUACACAUUCUCCAAAGUGCAGGAGCACAGCGACACCCACUGGAAGUUCCAGCGCUACAACUUGAUCGCAGAGUACCACUCUAGACCCUGUCUGGCUCCACCCUUCAUCAUCCUCUCCCACCUCCACCUCUUCAUCAAGAGACACAUCCGCAGGAUCCCCUCUGUCAAGAUCAAACACUUUGUUCUGGAUAUCCGUGGCAGGCAGGCCAGUAGACUGAACACAUGGGAGGCCAUCCAGAAGGAGAAUAUACUGUCUGCCCAGAACAAACGAGAGCGAGAGAAAGACUCUGAGAGACUCAAACGCACCUCUGUCAAGGUGGACAGUGUCCUAAAGCAGAUGGCAGAGAUCCGGGACCACGGCCGCAGGCUCAGAAUGCUGGAGACAGAGUUGGAGUACUGUUCUAGUGCCCUCUCCUGGAUGGUGCAAGCUUUCUCUCAGAGUAACUUGCUAAAGCCCACACGUCCUCCUCCCGCUCUCCGAGAUCUAACUCUCCAACUAGCUGACCCAAGUCUGAUGGAGAAAAAUGAAAUCUAGACACACGUGUACACACACACACAAUCACUGUCACUCAGGGCAAAAGAAUGUCUGACUUGAUGCUCAUUCGUCCAUCGCCAUGUCUUGAAGUAAUGAUGGACUGUCGUUUCUCUUUGCUUAUUUGAGUUGUUCUUGCCAUAGUAUGGACUUGGUCUUUUACCAAAUAGGGCUGUCUUCUGCAUAUCACCCCUACCUUGUCACAACACAUUGGCUAAAACGUAUUAACAAGGAACAAAUUCUUAUUUACAAUGACGGCCUACCGGGGAACAGUGGAUUAACUGCCUUGUUCAGGGGCAGAACGACAC